CAUAUCUCUGUAAACCUUCCCUGAACUUCCCUGCUUGUGAUGGACCCUCGGAGCACUGCUAUGUUAGGCUUGGGCUCUGAUUCUGAAGGGUUUUCUGGGAAGAGCCCCUCUGCAGCCAGCAUUGGCACCUUGGUGGGAAAGGGAGAAGGAGAGCUGGAAAGCUGCAGCAAGGAAGAAGACGACAGCAAGAGGAAGAGUCGGGAGGGGAACAGUCCUGAGCAUGGGAAGAAUGAGACUCUGAGUGAUGCACAGCAACAGUUCUCAGUGAAAGAAACAAACUUUUCAGAGGGAAACCUGAAACUGAAGAUUGGUCUGCAAGCAAAGAGAACAAAAAAGCCUCCCAAGAACCUGGAGAACUAUGUGUGCCGGCCUGCUAUAAAAACCAGCAUCAAGCAACCAAGAAGGACACCAAAGAGUGGGAAGAUGACAGAUGAGAAGAAUGAGCACUGUCCUUCAAAGCAAGACCCCUCAAAGUUGUACAAGAAAGCUGGAGAAGUUGCAACAGUUGAGUUACAUGUGGAAGAAGGUACACAAGUAGAAACAAACCCUUUAACUAAGAAAGUUUCCCCAUUGCACUCUGAAAUGACAGAUUAUAUCAAGUCAUCUCCUCCGACUCUUAUCAGUAGCCAUAAUUCUGACUUAAAGGAUAGAACACAAAUUAAUGGAGCACCAACUGUCACAGAAAAAUUGGCUCAACUCAUUGCAACUUGUCCCCCUUCAAAGUCUUCCAAAACAAAGCAGAAGAAGCCUGGAAAUGGAAGUGCAUCUGGUUUGGUUAAAGACUCUGGGAAGAAGCUGCCAGGAACCAUAACUGCAGGUGGUUUAGUUCCUAAAGAUUUGGUAAAGAAAUUGCCAGGAUCUGGUAUUGCUGUUGGGUUGGUUAACAAGGACUCAGGGAAGAAGCCAUUAGGGAUUGGUAGUGCAGCCAUAUUGGUUAACAAAGACUCUGGGAAGAAGCCACAAGGGAUUGGCCCCCUAAUGGGAUUGGUUAACAAGGACUCCUCUGGAAAAAGGCCACCAGGGAUCAGCACUCCAAGUGGGUUAGUUAACAAAGACUCUGGAAAGAAACAGCCAUUGUUGGGAAUAAAUCCUCCUCCAGCACUGGGUAAUAAGGAUUCUGGGAGAAAGAUGGCAGGGACUGGCAGUGUGACAGUUCUGACUAACAAAGAUUCUGGGAGGAAGACACCAGGGAUUAGCAGCCCAGUGGGAUCUGGUAACAAAGAUUCUGGGAAGAAUAUGCCAGGAAUUAGCAGUCCAGUGGGAUUGAUUAGCAAGGACUCUGGGAAGAAGCCAGCAGGUAUCAGCAGUCCAUCUGGUUUGGUCAACAAGGACCCUGGAACUCUGCUUUCAGACUCUAUGCUGCCCGCCUCGGAACCCUUUAAACUUCCUUGCAAUUCAAACCUCAGUAGCCUUGAAAGCCAUGAGACUGCAGAUUUACUGAAGGAAAAUCCUGCUGGCAAACCAUUUGAGAAGCACCUGGUGAGGCAGAAUAAAGAAAGCAUCUUGGAGAAGUUUUCCAUUCGGAAGGAAAUCAGCGACGUGGGCAAAGAGACCUUGAGCGAAGGACCUCGUGCUCCGCCGGACGCUUACCCAGCCACUGACAAAGGCAUUUAUGAAACAGCCAAGCAUGAGAAACAGCCUCCAGUCUACUGCACCUCACCAGACUUCAGAACAGGAGGGGCUUCAGACGUCUCCACAGCAAAGUCCCCGUUCAGUGCAGUGGGAGAGGGAAAUCUCCCAUCGCCUUCACCCACGGUGGCCGUUACCACCUCCAACAGGAACCUCUCAACAACAUCUUCACAGUUAGCAUCUAACUCGUUGCAUUUAAGUUCCACAGCAGACCUCCUAGAAGGCAUUUCAGAUCCCAUUGGCAAACCCCAGUUCUCUGCUGACAGUCCCCUUCUGAACAUAAACAGAACAUUGAACCACGCUCUGGGCGCCGAUUUUAAAGGUGCCGAUAAAGAUUUAAGUGAUUCCAAAGCUGCUUACAUGGAAACUUCAAGAACUGGCCCUUCCACGGGGAAAAAGCCCAUUUUGGCAGCUGAAACAAGCAUUCAUGCUACUGUCACCCCUUCAGUAGUUAGCUUCACCAGCUUGUUUAGUAGCAAGCAGUUCCUCAAGAUUGGUGCAAUAGCUGCAUCGGAUAAAUCCUGCCAAGGAGCGAAGAGCCUGAGCCCUACUCAGCAAUCCAAACCCUUAAAGAAAAGGAAAGGAAGGAAACCACGGUGGACUAAAGUGGUGGCAAGAAGCACAUGUCGACCUCCAAAGGGUCUAGAACUAGAAAGGUCAGAGCUUUUUAAAAACAUUUCCUACAGUGCACUGUCCAGCAGUAAUUUGGAGCCGGCCAAGUUCCUGAAAACCAUGGGAUCCUCUCCCUUUGUGGAACAUGAGUUUGUCAAGCACCAGCUGCCAAAGCUGAACGAAGCUAACAGCCAGCCCCUUGCACUGCUGGCUGAGACUGACAAGCAAGCUCAGAAGUUCUACAGUAGUCACAAACCACCCUCCAGUUUGUGUAUGUCAGAUGAUUUCUUACCCGACCUUUACAAGCCCAAAAGAGGAAGACCUAAAUCCAAGGAGAUGCCGGAGCUUGAAGGUCCUCCCAAAAGAACUCUAAAGAUCCCAGCCUCCAAGGUCUUUUCAGUGCAGUCAAAAGAAGAGCAGGAACCUCCAAUUUUGCAGCCCGAAGUGGAAAUUCCCUCCUUAAAACAGAGCCUGUCAGGACAACCUUUUCCUAAAAAGAGAGGGAGACCUAAAAGGCAGAUCAGGUCCUCGAUUAAAAUGAAGCCACCGAUUCUUUCUGUGGCACCUUUUGUUGGAACAGAGACCUCGAGCAAGCUGGGGGCUGAAAGCGAUCAGCAUCGGAGUGGGGACUUCUUUGAGAGGAAGGACCAGCUCCGAGGGCCAGAAGAAGUCCAGAAACCUGCUCUUUGUAGCAUGACUGAUUUGGAAGUAGACUCGGAAAGAAAAGUUGGAAAGAGGAAUAACGGACAGUUGAUGAAAACGAUCAUCCGGAAAAUAAAUAAAAUGAAAACUCUGAAGAGGAAGAAACUUCUGAACCAGAUUCUGUCCAGUACAGUGGAACCAAAUAACAAAGGGAAAGUGCAAUCCAAGCUCCACAACACAGUCUCCACUCUUGCUGCCACGUUUGGUUCCAAAUUAGGCCAGCAAAUAAAUGUCAGCAAGAAAGGAACCAUUUAUAUAGGAAAAAGGAGGGGAAGGAAACCUAAAGCUGUCUUGAAUGGGCUUUUAAGCAGCGGUUCUGCCAGCUUGACAGUGCUGGAGAAGUCUGCCCAGCAAGCCCCUGGUACAUCACUAGGACAAGUACUUCCCCAUUUGCUCCCCUCAGCAGCUCCUAACUCAGAGAUUCUUCCAUCUCCAGUUUGCUCUCAGUCUUCUGUGGUGAGCGGGGGCCAGAGCCCUGUCAGCAGCGACGCAGGGUUUAUCGAGCCCAGCUCGGUGCCCUACUUACACUUACACUCCAGACAGGGAAGCGUGGUUCAGACGCUCGCCAUGAAGAAAGCUGCUAAGGGGAGGAGGAGGCUGUCCCCACCUACCUUGUUACCAAACUCCCCUUCUCACUUGAGCGAGCUGACGUCGCUGAAGGAAGCCACCCCCUCCCCCGUCAGCGAGUCUCACAGCGACGAGACCAUUCCCAGCGACUCCGGGAUAGGCACCGACAACAACAGCACCUCGGACAGAGCCGAGAAGUUCUGCGGGCAGAAGAAGAAGAGGCACUCUUUCGAUCACGUUUCCCUCCUGCCACCCGAAACCUCCACCGUGCUGAGCAACCUCAAAGAAAAGCACAAACACAAAUGCAAGCGCCGCAGCCACGACUACCUGAGCUACGACAAGAUGAAGAGGCAGAAGAGGAAAAGGAAAAAGAAAUAUCCCCAGCUGCGGGGCAGGCAGGACCCCGAUUUCCUCGCCGAGCUGGAGGAGCUGAUCAGUCGGUUAAGUGAGAUCAGAAUCACCCACAGGAGUCACCAUUUUAUCCCCAGAGAUCUGCUGCCUACCAUUUUUCGCAUCAACUUCAACAGUUUCUACACUCAUCCGACUUUUCCUUUGGAUCCUUUGCACUACAUUAGGAAACCUGACUUAAAGAAGAAGAGAGGCAGGCCCCCCAAGAUGCGGGAGGCCAUGGCAGAAAUGCCCUUCAUGCACAGCCUCAGCUUCCCUCUCUCCAGCACUGGGUUCUACCCCUCCUAUGGCAUGCCUUACUCUCCCUCCCCCCUCACAGCUGCUCCCAUAGGCUUAGGUUAUUAUGGAAGGUACCCUCCAACUCUUUACCCUCCUCCACCUUCUCCUUCUUUCACUACCCCCCUGCCACCCCCUUCUUACAUGCAUACAGGCCACUUGCUUCUCAAUCCCACCAAAUACCACAAGAAGAAGCAUAAGCUUCUACGGCAGGAGGCUUUCCUCACCACGAGCAGGACUCCCCUCUUGUCCAUGAGCACCUAUCCCAGCGUCCCCCCUGAAAUGGCUUACGGUUGGAUGCUGGAACAUAAGCACAGGCAUCGGCACAAACACAGAGAGCAUCGCUCUUCCGAGCAGCCCCAGGUGGCCAUGGACACCAUCACUGCCAACAGCUCUUCUAGGACGGUUCUGGAGUCUUUGAAGCGCUACAGGUUUGGGAAGGAGGCUGUGGGCGAGAGGUACAAACACAAAGAGAAGCACAGGUGUCACAUGUCUUGUCCACACCUGUCACCUCCAAAGGGUUUGCUAAGCAGAGAUGAACAAUGGGUCAGGAGAGAGCCUUCGGAGUCUAACUCCUUGGCGCUGGGACUGCAGGCGCCGCUGCAGAUAGACUGCGCGGAAAGCUCCCCGGGCCUGUCCCUGGGGGGUUUUACCCCCAGCUCCGAGCCAGCCAGCAGCGAUGAACACACAAAUCUUUUCACAAGUGCAAUAGGCAGCUGCAGAGCCACAAACUCUGCUAGCACCAACGGACGUAAAAAGUUAACUGACAGCCCUGGACUCUUCAGUGCCCAGGACCCUUCGCUAACCAGGCCUCUCCGAAAGGAGCCGCUGCCCUCCGGCGACAAAGCCCUUCAGCCUCUGCCAGGCACCUUGCCAACACAGGACAAACCUUCCCAGAGGCAGUCAGAGAGCACAAAUUGCAGCCCUUCCAGAAAGAGAUCAACAUCUGAGAGCACUUCUUCGACAGUGAUUGCAGUACCCAGCCGGGGAGCGAGGCUGGCGGUGGCCACUGAGGAUCCAGUGGACAGCCUGCUGCAGCGCAUGGCACAGCAGGAAGGCCAAGCUGCUUUGGACAAAACCUUAGAGGCAGUCAUGGCUAACGUGUCUGUUCCACCAUCAGCUAGUCCUGCUCGAAACCACAGCAGGGAGAGAGGCUUGGGGAAGCAGCAGGACAGCCUGGUGUCCCCAGCCAUCCCCAGCAGCUCCUGCAGCGACAGCAUCUCGCUGCUGUCGGACCGGCUGCCCAACAGCUACUCCCCACACCACCUCAAGAGAAGCGUGGUGGAAGCCAUGCAGAGACAAGCUAGGAAAAUGUGCAAUUACAACAAGAUCUUGGCCACAAAAAAAAAUCUUGACCACGUCAAUAAAAUCCUGAAGGCCAAAAAGCUGCAGAGGCAGUCCCGGACCGGGAACAACUUCGUGAAGCGCAGGCCUGGCAGGCCCCGCAAGUACCCGAUGCAGGCAGUGGUGUCCAUGCAGGCCUUCCAGGCAGCCAGAUUGGUCAGUCAGGACUUGGAGAAAAGAGAGGAAAGCAGCAGCCCCUUACACCUUGGGCCUGAUACCAUCACAGAUGUGAUCGAAGCUGUGGUGCAAAGUGUGAACUUGAACACGGAUCACCGAAAAGGCUGGAAGAGGAAGAGGUGGCUGGCAGAGGAGCAGGCCAGGAAGAGACAGAAACCUUUACCAGAAGAGGAACAGGAGAGCAAUAAGAGUUUUCCUGAGGCAGUAGCUGAACCUCCCAGCCCAAACGACGCCCUCGGGAAACCGCAGGAGCCUGAAACCACCGAACAGCAGCCUCCCCCUGCUCUAACCCAGCGUGAGAAGAAAGCUCCUCGACCCCCAAAGAAGAAGUACCAGAAGGCAGGGCUCUACUCUGAUGUGUACAAAACAACAGAUCCCAAGAGCCGACUCAUCCAGCUGAAGAAGGAGAAGCUGGAGUACACUCCUGGGGAGCACGAGCACGGCCUCUUCCCAGCGCCCAUUCACGUCGGUGAACUUACAAACCUUUUUGUUUCAGGAAAGUAUCUCAGACAAAAGAGAAUUGACUUCCAGCUGCCUUACGACAUCCUCUGGCAGUGGAAACACAAUCAGCUGUACAAAAAGCCAGAUGUCCCCCUUUACAAAAAAAUCCGUUCCAAUGUCUAUGUGGAUGUCAAACCUCUUUCUGGCUAUGAGGCCACCACCUGCAAUUGUAAGAAGCCAGAUGAUGACAGUGGGAAGGGCUGUGUGGAGGACUGUCUUAACAGGAUGAUCUUUGCUGAGUGUUCCCCAAACACCUGCCCUUGUGGUGACCAAUGCUGCAACCAACGGAUCCAGAGGCAUGAAUGGGUGCAGUGCCUGGAGAGGUUCCGGGCUGAGGAGAAAGGAUGGGGGAUUCGUACCAAGGAACCCCUGAAAGCAGGACAGUUUAUCAUUGAAUAUCUGGGAGAAGUUGUUAGUGAGCAAGAAUUCAGGAACAGGAUGAUUGAGCAGUACCACAACCACAGUGACCAUUACUGCCUGAACCUGGACAGUGGGAUGGUGAUAGACAGCUACAGGAUGGGCAACGAGGCACGCUUCAUCAACCACAGCUGCAACCCCAACUGUGAGAUGCAGAAGUGGUCUGUGAACGGAGUGUACCGCAUCGGGCUGUACGCGCUGAAGGACAUGCCUGCUGGCACCGAGCUCACCUAUGACUACAACUUUCAUUCCUUUAACGUUGAAAAGCAGCAACUCUGCAAAUGUGGUUUUGACAAAUGCAGAGGAAUAAUUGGGGGCAAAAGUCAGCGAGUGAAUGGACUUCCAAGCAAAAACAAUCAGCCAGUGGGCAGCCACCGACGGCCUGGAAGGUCAAAAGAGAAAAGGAAGUCAAAGCACAAACUAAAGAAGAGAAGGGGCCACAUCCCAGAGGAAGGCAGUGAAAGUGUGAAUGCACCAACAAGACUGACCCCACAGCUCCAGAUGAAGCCCAUGUCCAACAGAGAGAGGAAUUUCGUGCUCAAGCACCACGUGUUCCUGGUACGGAACUGGGAGAAGAUCCGACAGAAGCAAGAGGAAGUGAAGCACAGCGACAGCCUCCACAGCUCCUCGCUCUACAGCCGCUGGAACGGCAUCUGCCGGGACGAUGGCAACAUCAAAUCUGAUGUCUUCAUGACCCAGUUCUCAGCCCUCCAGACCUCCCGCUCGGUCCGGACGCGGCGCUUGGCUGCAGCCGAGGAGAACAUCGAAGUGGCUCGAGCUGCCCGCCUGGCACAGAUCUUCAAGGAAAUAUGUGACAGCAUCAUAUCCUAUAAAGAUUCUUCCAGGCAGGCUCUUGCAGCUCCCCUCCUGAACCUACCCCCAAAGAAAAAAAAUGCAGACUAUUAUGAAAAGAUCUCUGACCCGUUGGACCUGGCCACAAUUGAGAAGCAAAUCCUGACUGGCUAUUAUAAAACUGUGGAAGCUUUUGACGGGGAUAUGCUGAAGGUCUUCCGCAACGCAGAGAAAUACUACGGCAGAAAAUCUCCGACCGGGCGCGACGUCUGCCGGCUGCGCAAGGCCUACUACAGCGCUCGGCACGAGGCCUCUGCCCAGAUCGAUGAGAUCGUGGGGGAGACAGCCAGCGAGGCUGACAGCAGUGAGACCUCGGUCUGUGAGAAGGAGAACGGCCACGAGAAGGAUGAGGAUGUGAUCCGCUGCAUUUGUGGCCUUUACAAAGACGAAGGACUCAUGAUCCAGUGUGAAAAGUGCAUGGUCUGGCAGCACUGUGACUGCAUGGGGGUGAAUUCUGAUGUUGAACACUACUUGUGUGAGCAGUGUGAACCUCGAUCUGUGAACAGGGAGGUUCCAAUGAUUCCUCGUCCUCACUACGCCCAGCCUGGCUGUGUGUAUUACAUCUGCUUGCUGCGGGAUGAUCUGCUGCUGCGCCAAGGUGACUGCGUUUACCUGAUGCGAGACAGCCGCAGAACCCCAGACGGCCACCCCGUCCGUCAGUCCUACCGGCUGCUGUCCCACAUCAACAGGGACAAGUUGGACAUCUUCCGCAUCGAGAAGCUCUGGAAAAACGAGAAGGAGGAGCGCUUCGCCUUCGGCCACCACUACUUCCGUCCGCACGAGACUCACCACUCCCCGUCCCGCAAGUUCUACCACAACGAACUCUUCCGUGUCCCUCUCUAUGAGAUCAUCCCCUUGGAGGCCGUGGUGGGCACCUGCUGUGUUCUUGACCUCUACACCUACUGCAAAGGGAGGCCAAAAGGUGUGAAGGAGCAGGAUGUGUACAUCUGUGAUUACCGGCUGGACAAAUCAGCUCAUCUCUUCUACAAGAUCCACCGCAACCGCUACCCUGUCUGCACCAAGCCCUAUGCCUUUGACCACUUCCCCAAGAAGCUCACCCCCAAGAGAGACUUCUCACCUCAUUAUGUGCCAGACAACUACAAGAGAAAUGGAGGCAGAUCAUCCUGGAAAACAGAUCGCUCAAAACCGCAGCUGAAAGACUUAAACCAAGAAGAGGAUCCUCUUCCACUUAUGGAGGAGGUGUUAGGAAACCCAGAUCAAGCCUCAAGUGAGAUGCCCAACCUAGAGGAGGCAGACAAAGAGGCAGCCUCUGGUGAGAGCUGUGAGACUGAGAAAAAGGUGGAAGAAAGCACUUCGGAGCCACGGCAGCUGUGCACUCCAGAGGAGAGGAGGCACCUGCAGAGGGAGAGGCUCAACCAGAUCCUGCUGAACCUCUUGGAGAAGAUCCCAGGGAAAAAUGCCAUCGAUGUCACUUACUUGCUGGAGGAAGGAUCAGGAAGAAAACUGAGGCGCCGCACUCUGACCAUCCCGGAGAGCAGCUUCAGGAAGUGACAGCGGGAAGGGGGGAAAGAAGCUGUGUCUGGAGUCUGCUUACAGGGGUCUGCUUGAGGGGCUGAGAGCAGGAACCCAACUUCCUCUGCACCAGCCAAGGAGAAGAAAGAGGGGCAGCAGCAAACUGACAAAUGACAAACAGUUAGCACUUAGGCGUGGGGCUGGCAGGCAGGGGGGGGUCCCAGCCCUGCCCUGCUCCGCGGUGCUCUGUGGUGUGUGUGUUGUUGGGCCGUGCCUUGUAUCGAUGUUAGGUACUGAGAGAACCUCGUG